GCGGUGUUGACGGAAGGACUGUUAAGCCCGAAAGAUGAAGGCUUCCACCAGUAAGCAGAGCGAAGCUAACUCACUCGACCCCCAGGAUGAGCGGUGGUCGCUCAGGACAGAUGGAGACUCACCUGACGACGAUCUCAUCUACACCGUGGAGGACGUCCCCCCCUGGUACCUGUCUAUCUUCUUCGGCUUCCAGCACUACCUGACGAUGGCUGGGGGCACCGUAGCCAUCCCCAUCCUGGUGGCAUCCUUCCUCUGUAUGUCAGAGGACGACCCAGCAAGGGGGGCUCUCGUUUCCACCGUUUUCUUCCAUUCUGGCAUCGUCACCCUCCUGCAGACAACCUUCGGCGUCAGGCUGCCGAUCAUCCAGGGGGGAGAUUUCGCCUACGUGGUCCCAACGAUCGCCCUCCUGACGACGGCGUACGAGCCGUGUAAUAGCAUCUGCCUGGGCAACUUAACGACGACAGAGAAAGAGGAGGUGUGGCAGGUCAGGCUCAGGGAGGUGCAAGGCUCCAUCGCUGUCGCCUCACUCUUCCAGAUCAUCUUGGGCUUUACAGGGUUGAUCGGUCUAUUGCUGAGGUGGAUCACACCACUCUCCAUCGUUCCCACCGUCACGCUGGUCGGCCUUUCCCUCUUCGACCUCUCGGCAGAAAAGGCGUCACAACACUGGGGCAUCUCCAUUAUGACGAUGGCACUGUUGAUCAUCUUCUCGCAGUACCUGAGUAACACCUCCCUGCCGGUGCCUGUCUUUGGCUCUAAGGGUCGGGGCGUCAAGGUGGCCAAGACCCAGUUCUUCAAGUGCUUUCCGGUGCUGACGACAGUGUUCUUAUCGUGGUCUAUUUGUGCCAUCCUGACGGCGUUCGACGUUCUUCCCAAGGGUUCCCCGGCACGUACUGACACUACCGGUACUUUACUGGAGAAAUCACCAUGGUUCAGAGUUCCUUAUCCCGGUCAGUGGGGGACACCAACAGUGACGGUGGUUGGUGUGAUAGGGAUGUUGGGGGGCGCCGUGGCCUCCAUCAUUGAGAGCAUUGGUGACUACUAUGUCUGUGCCAAGAUCUCAGGAGCUCCGCCACCGCCGGUGAACGCCAUCAACCGCGGGGUGGGAAUGGAGGGCAUUGGCUGUCUGUUAGCAGGUCUACUAGGGACAGGUAACGGCACCACCUCCUGCUCCCAGAACAUCGGCGUCAUCAGCGUCACCAAGGUUGGAAGUCGCCGGGUGGUGCAGUUCAGUGCUGUCAUACUCAUCGUCUCAGGGGUGUUCAGUAAGCUCGGGGCGGUGUUCGUGACCAUCCCUGAGCCUGUGAUGGCCGGCGUCUUCAUCACCAUGUUCUCCAUGAUCACCGCUGUUGGCCUCACACCGUUGCAGUACGUCAACCUCAGAUCCUCCAGGAAUAUCUUCGUUCUUGGCCACUCCAUCUUCCUCGGUCUUUCUGUUUCAAAAUGGAUAGAAGGGUCCCCAGAUGUAAUACAGACGGGGUGGCCCAUAUUGGACCAGGUACUGAGGGUGUUGCUCCAGACACCCAUGUUUGUAGGUGGCUCUCUGGGCUUCUUCCUCGACAAUACUAUCCCUGGUACAGCAGAGGAGCGAGGACUGUUAGAGUGGAACCGUCACCUCUACCAAUCCAGCACAACCCACAAGGUGUCAGUGUGCUACGACAUGCCCUGGGGGAUGGCGGCCAUCAGAAGAGUGAAGUGGCUGCGAUACCUGCCCUUCAGCCCCACCUUCAGCGGCUUCAGGAGAAACAAAUAUGUGGAAACUGUGAAUGACGCAGAAAAGAAUGACAUCCUUAAACCUUAAAAGAGUGCUUACAGGCGGCAGAAGGAGCGACACAUUAGUCUGGUGGAGCUUCUGCAACUGUGUCAUUGCGGGUUAGAGGGGAAGGCUGGCGAACGUUCGUCUGGUUUAGCUUGCAGUAGUAUUUCACUACUGGGACGCGUGAAAAGCCAGACGAUAUUUAUUGCCCUUGUUGGUGCUCUUAUGACAGGGUCCUCCCUCCCGAGCUCUUCAUGAAAACCCUAGGCAACAUAGCAAUAAAGUGGCCGCUGUGAUACAGUUAAAAGCAGUACAAAACAGUCCUCCGUGAUUUUGUUUAGCUAUUAUUAGAGAUGUAAACCAGAGAGAAGUAAAAGUCCUUGUGUUUAUCAAUGAGAAGGUGCGGCCACACUAGCGUAGAUUUUGCUCGAAACAGGUGACAGACAAGAAAAACCGAAACAGCGUUCCGACUUUCUUACUGUGGUCGCACUAAGGGUCGUAACCCUGUGCUUUUUUUCUUCUUGUCACUCACAUGUUUCAUGGUGUAACGACACGGGUAUCCCUAGGUUGAAAGAUACCGUACACUAUAAGAACUAGAAUACCCACAAGCUUAUCUUUAUCAUUGAGAAACUUAUACAAUGCCAGGUGUUAGAAGGUUCUUGCAGACACUUCACAAUGACAACAGUAAAUUGCUACCUGUUGCUAAUAUUACUUCCCAUUUUCAACCCAAAAUGAUGACGAUGAGUUCUCUCCUUCUCCCUUCUGUACUUUGGUGUUAUGGUCAAGUUGUAGGUACCCAGAUGUUAUAUACUGGUCAUUUUACUGUUGCUCGUGUAGCCGUUAAAUGUAAAUCUACAAGUGUACAGCGGUGCACGAGUCUUAUUAUUU